AUGGCUAAUAAUAAUAAUAAUACAGUGAUGUUAAAAAGUCAGCGCAGCACUUGUAAAGCGCAACUCACACGUAUAGAAAAGUUUAUAAAGGGUGAUUCUGACAACCUCCAUUUAAUUAGAGUUAAAUUUGAUAACUUGGCUGAAAACUAUAACAAAUAUAAGCAAAUCCAAAGCGAUAUUGAAAUGUUAAAAGAACCAGAUUCAGUGGCGUCCGAUAGUGAGGAAAAUGAGGUCGUGGCUGAUAGAUUUGAAAUUGCCUUGGCUCAGUUACAAGAAUUAAUCGAAAAGUUGUCAAAACCAAACAAAGUAAUCGAUAGUGUGUCAAAUGUCAAAUUACCGGAUAUCCAAAUAAAACCAUUUUCAGGGAAACCGGCAGAAUUUUUACCCUUUUUCGAUCUCUUUUCAUCCCUUGUUUUGAAUAACCCCAAAUUAAAAUCACAAAGUGAGAAAUUCUACUAUUUGAAAAGUUUGCUCAAAGGUCAACCGCUUAGUUUAAUAGAGUCUUUACCAGUUACAAACCAGAAUUUAGAAGUCGCUAUAUCCACCCUUAGAAACAAUUAUGAAGAUAAGAAUAAGCUAUUGAAUUCUCUCUAUCAGACGUUACUGGAUCAAAAGCCGAUCAACAAAUGUAAUGCUAGCGAGAUAAGGAGUUUCUACGUUACGAGUAAAAAAACGCUGGAUUUAGUAAAAAAUCUUAAACUAUCUGAUCACGAUACCCUUGAUACGCUUCUUGUAUUUUUGUUAGAGAAAAAAUUGGACUUUCAAAGUCGGCGAGCUUUUGAAAGUGAACGAGAUUUGACCACGCUCCCCUCGGUAGACUUAUUUUUCGAAUUUUUAAGAAAACGCUAUACGAUAUUAGAAAAUUUAAAUAUGUUUGACGGUAAUUCAAAGCACGAUAAUAACUUUACAAAAAAUUCAGAUAAGUCUUCACCUAAGAUAAACCUUCACGCAAACGUGUCUGAUCCAAAUACGAGGAACAUCAGUUCCACCGGCAAAUAUUGCAAUUAUUGCAAUGAACGGUCGCAUUCCACUUACGUGUGCACGAAAUUUUUGAAGUUAUCUCCGCAAGAGAGACAUCGAUUUGUAAAAUCGAAAUCGCUUUGCUUCAAUUGUCUUUCUAGUAUGCAUAUCUUGUCGAGUUGUAAGAGUUUGUCUAGGUGUCACCACUGUGGUAGGGACCAUCAUUCACUUAUUCAUUUAGAAACUAAUUCGCAACGCGUGGGGGAUCAGCAGAGGGGUCAAAAUGUAGCACAAAAUAAUCAACAUUCGAGACAUAUUGGGAACAGAAAUAAUGUUUUUAAUAGGGACUUCAAUCCAUCUUUGACGCAAAAAAGUACGUUUCUUACGCAAAAUUCGCCCGCAAAUUUAUCGGUAUCCGACGCAAAUAACGCUAGCAGUCAAGCUUGUUCCUCUACAAGUACUACUAACUUAUCCGCCCUUAGUAAAAAUAAUUGUCAAAUCCUUUUACCUACUGCCCAAGCAAAAGUAUAUUCCAGAACUGGUAAACCCUUCUCUGUCAAAUUACUUUUAGAUUCGGGAAGUCAGCAAAGUUUUGUAUCGAAAGACUUAGCAAAUCGAUUACAGUACCCAACUAGAGUGCAAAAAUUAUCCAUUUCCGGUCUAGGUAACAAUGGCCUUGUUCAAUCCAAUGAAAUUUUAGACAUUGUGUUACACUCCAAACUUAAUCCUUAUCAACAAUUUGAUGUUUCCUGCUCAGUAAUAGAUCGAAUUACUGAGCGAUUACCGCAAAUCGCUUUAAAUCCUCAUGGUUUAAAAAUACCCGAUCAUAUAAUACACGAGCUGGCCGAUUCUCGUUUCUGGGAACCCAGCAAUAUUGACAUUUUAAUAGGUGCUGAUCUCUAUUUUAGCCUGUUAAAAGGCGACCUUAUUUCACUGGGCCAUAAUCAACCCACGCUUCUAGAAACCGCGUUUGGCUAUGUAGUUGCAGGACCGGUUCCUAAUUUGAGUCAUAAAAAGAUCAGUUCUAUUGCCCCAAACACGCAUUCUUUUUUGUCGGUUCAGGACGCAAAUAAUCUAGCUGUAGGUUCCGAAGGUGGAGAAAAAGAUAUCUGUGCAAAUUUGGAAAAAUUCUGGGAAUUGGAGGAAAUUCCCUCGAGAUGUUCUCGUUCUAAGGAAGAAGAAAUGGCCGAAACGCUCUUUGCAUCUACCACGGAAAUUUUAGAGGACAAAAGAAUUGGGUGA